GCUCCAUCUACAGCUCAAAAACGGAUCCGGAAAUCUGAAACUCGAAGAUGCAGCCCUCGGUUUCCGCAGUGCACCGCGGCCUGCUCAUAAGCGAGGUUUUUCGGGUCAUCGCCGCCUGGCUCUGCACGUCCGACAGCAAGAAGACGCUGGUAUCGCUCGGGAUGACGUGCCGAACGAUGGAAGAGGCGUCCAUGGCCAUGUUGUGGGAGACUCUGAGUGGCCCCAUGCCGCUCUUGCAUCUGCUUCCUGCCAAUGUAUGGUCGGAAGUCCCUGACCCGAAAUACGGGACACUCCAGCUUGAAGUAACUAAACCUGAGAACCUCGAAUGGACCAGAUUCAAGCGCUACGCCCAGCAUGUGCGGCACUUCAGUUGGCUACGCCCGGAGAGGGUCUCCUCCAACGUCCUUACUGCACUCGCGAAACACCUACCAGCCGGCCAGCCACUCAUACCGAAGCUUCACACGCUGAUUUGGGACGAGUCCCGGUCGGAAACCUUCGGCCUCCACCUCUUCCUCACCCCAGCCAUCCGGCACGUGGAGCUCACCUUGAGGAAUGGGGACCCAUCCAAGCUGAUGUCUCUCCUCACUCAGAUGGACGCCGUGCGGAAGACCCUCACGUAUCUCAAGAUGACUAUUGGCACGUCUCGCGAGGGGGAGAUGAAGUGCACGGGUCCACUCAGCGACGCCCUCGCGCGGUUCCUCAGCUCCAUGCCGGAGCUCAAAGACUUCUACUGUGCUAUCUGGAGCCUUUCGGCAGGCUGCGUGGAGGCGUUGGCUGCGCUCCCCAAGCUCGCAAAGUUGACGUUGUACGUAGGCGAGCAGGACAAGCACGCAUGGAUCGCCUCGGCGGCCUCCCAUACACGCAGUGGUGCGCACUGGUUUCGUGCCCUCAAGUACUUAGGCCUCUACACGGAACAGAUGGACCGUGGCAUAACGGCAUUCCUCGCAGCCGUCCAGAGCGACCACCUACAGGAGCUGCUGGUGCGCGUCUCUCACCCGCCGGCAGGUUACCACGGGCUGAAGCAGGAGCUUGGGAUCCUAGGCUCGCAGUGCCCGUACCGAGACUCCCUUGCCACCGUGGAGAUCACUUUCCGGAGACCUUCGGCAUACGGUUCCAGCAAUACCAGCACUGACCAGAGUCUACUCAAUCUGCUAGACGUCGAAUACGUGUUGCAGUUGUUCUACGUCUUCCCCCGCAUCCGCAAGUUCACAACUAUCGGUUGGGCGCUGUACGCCGGAGGGAAGUCGCUCCCCCGUCUCGCGAACGCAUGGCCAGAGCUUGAGAGUCUCACGAUGUACGGCUAUAGUGUCCCCGAGUCGUUCAUGGAAGGACACACCGGCAACAUCGUACUGGAGGACCUGGCAAGAAUCCCGCGCCUCCUCCCCCGCCUUCGGACACUCGAGCUCCAAGUGGACGCAAGUGUGGUGCCGGACGCGCAGACCGUCGCGCGCCUGCUGCCCGAGCCAUCGCAGAGCCCGCUGCGGAGCCUCAUUGCGCGCAAUGCGCUGAUCACCGACGCGGACCAAGUGGCGUCCUUCUUGGCUCGCGUGUUCCCGGAACUGGAGCAGGUGGCCUAUGCCAGGAUGGUGGGGUAUCUCGGCAGUCAAGGGGCGACAAUUGGGGAGAAGUGGUCGAAGGUGGAGAGCAUUUUCAAGGAUAAGAUGGGCGCAUCGGAGCACGCCUCAUCUGACAAGUUCAAUUCCAAGUAG